AUGGGAGAUGUACAGAGAGGCAAACAGAACGGCAACCUUGACGUUUCUGCAGCUCGCACCCAGAUCGCCAGUCUUCUUACAAACUUGCAGAGACUUGAGAAUGACCACACCGUCCCAGAUGAUUUACUGAAGAGCACCAUCCAGUCAGUAGUGUUAGUCAGAGAUAGUCUCCCUGAUUUGACUCAACAUGCUCAACACAGCAGUCAUUCAGUUGAUCGUUAUGGCGUGCCAUACAUAUCAUUCAGGAUUCGGUCUGUGAACACGACCUCGGGAGGCGGUGUCCUACACCAGUUGAUGGUCGAUAGUUUCGUCCAGCAUUCCGAAAACGGGUUUGCUGAAGACAACCCGUUGAAGUGGAAUCUCAAUAAAAGGUUUUACUUCACCAUCAGCUCCGCGGGUCUAGUGCAUUUUGUGCAUUUUCACCCGCAAGAAAUCCAAGAGCUUAUCACGCUCAAGAAAGUCCUUGCGUCGACCUUGACCACUCGAGUGCAGUUUCAAGACGGCCAAUCAUGGACAUACGACUCGAUGGAAGAAGAUCACGCAGGUCAUUUGGAACACUCAUACGAGGCGAUCAGGACGAGCGAAGGCUUGAAGCUAGUCAGGUCACACAGGAGUCUGACUGACGUACACAGAAUGCACUAUAAGGUAUGA